GUAAUUUAUCAAUUUAUUCUUAUCUCUUGUAACGUCGAUUCAUUAAUAGUAUAGUUACCGAAAAAAUAUAGUUUCGACUAUAGUUACAUUGCGGCUCUGCGAUAAGGUUAAAGCAUAAAAAAAAGAGAAAGAAAGAAAGAGAGAAGAGAAAGCGCGUUUCGUUUGGAAUAGUAAUCUUGUCAGUGCGUAAGGCUUCUUGGUAAGGCCGUGAUUGAAAGUUUAAAGCUUAAACGAUGAAAUGGUGAAGGAUGGUUACUGAGGAUUCAAGAUUUAUGCGUGAUGUGCAUCCCUCUGGUGGCGAAUAUAGGAGGGCCGUCACAAAGUCACAACAUUAAUACGUGACCGCACCCGUCUCUGUGUGGUUAUGUGCGGUGAUUCAUAGAUAUCGUAUGUAAAAUUUAUCGAAUUCUUGAUAGAAAGUAAAAUAAAAAAUGACAGAGGUUCAUAACUUAGGUGUUGAUGCUAUCAGUUGUCAUGCUUGGAAUAAAGACAGAAAAGAAGUGGCCAUUUGUCCAAAUAACAAUGAGAUUCAAGUUUACAAACGUACAUCCAGCGGUUGGAAGUUAUUACAAAAUCUACAAGAGCAUGACAUGCAUGUCAUGGGUAUUGAUUGGGCACCAAAUACCAAUCGAAUAGUAACAUGCUCUGCAGAUAAGAAUGCGUAUGUUUGGACACAAGAAGGAGAUGGAAAGUGGAAUCCUGCAUGGGUGCUUUUGAGAAUAAAUCGUGCAGCAACUUGUGUGAAAUGGUCACCAUUAGAAAACAAAUUUGCCGUUGGUUCUGGAGGUAGAGUAAUAGCUGUUUGUUAUUUCGUGUCUGAGAAUAAUUGGUGGCAGUGUAAGCAUAUAAAACGUCCAUUGAGGUCCACCGUAACUACAGUAGAUUGGCAUCCAGAUAAUAAAGUUUUAGUUGCUGGAUCUACUGAUUACAAAGUUCGUGUAUUUAGUGCAUUUAUUAGUGAUAUGGAAGAUGCACCUGGUAAUGGUCCAUGGGGCCACAGUAAUACUUUAGGAACGUUACUUGCUGAAUUCCAAAAUACUCCCAAUGGAGGAGGUUGGAUACACUCUGUUGUAUUUAGUCCUUGUGGUAAUAAAAUUUGUUGGGUAGCACACAAUUCAUCAAUUUGCAUCGCGGACGCUACUAAAGGAAAUGCAGUUAUACGAUUGUACACAGAGCAUUUGCCAUUUUUAAAUUGUGUCUGGAUGGGGUCCAAUUCCAUUGUUGCUGUGGGACAUAGUUGUAUGCCUAUGCUGUAUUCUAUAGAUGACAAUGGUCAAUUAUAUUUUGUAUCAAAACUAGACAACACUCAAAAAAAAGAAGCUGCCGGUUUGUCCGCGAUGCGUAAAUUUCAAUCGCUGGAUCGUCAAGCGAGAACUGAUACAAACGAUAAUGCCUUGGAUAGUAUACAUCAAAAUACUAUCAAUUGUGUGCGUAAAGUAUCGAAUAACGAAUUUAGUACAAGCGGUUUAGAUGGUCAAUUGGUAGUUUGGGAUCUCAAGCUGCUGGAGAAUUCCAUUGCUGGUCUGAAGAUAGCAUAAGUAAAACUUUUUUUUUAUAUCGGAGAGAGGGAGACGAAAAGAAAGGGAGAGAGAGAGAGAGACGAAAGAUAUUACAUCAACUGAAAAGAUGUAUAUGUGUUAAAUCUAAAACGAAAAGAAAGAAAAUAUACAAUUUCUCAUUAACACUUCAAUUAUAUCAAUUACUCCUAUACAAAAUACAUUAUAUUUUUAGCUAAA